GGUACCAGACAGCCCACAGCUCCAGGAGGCCUCAGAUAUUCCUCCCAUUGGGCCCGUGUCACUUCCCACUUGACCAGACUGAGUGGAGCACAGAAUGACCCCAGCAACAGACUCUGGUAUCCUAUGAAGUGUAAUUGGUAAUUAUACCAUGAUGGUGUACUGUUAGACCAUCAUGGCUGUGAGUCCUUGUGUGGUUGGGAUGGUGUUGUGUCUUUAUGUUCCAUCCCUACAUGCUGUCACCACUGAGUCACCUGGUCCUCCUAACCCCAUCACUGACCCAGACGGUUACAGACAUGCUUUGGACCCAGCCUCCACCCACAGGCCAACUGGAGACACAAGGACACUCUCCACCGAGGGGUCCAUUCUGGACUCUGGGACAGUCACCACCCACGGGUCCAUUCUGGACCCUGGAUCAGUCCCCAGCAUCCAGUCAACAGAGAUACCAGUCCACAGACAUCUUGAGAUCAUCAAAUUAUCAUCAAAGACUGAUUUUCUCAUGAGGAAAUUAAGACAAAUGGAAAGAGAAAGAGAUUCUGACAGGUAUAAGAUGAAGGAGCUUGAACGUUACAGUAGAGAGACCAAUGACGAUGCUAUACGAGCUCUGGCCUCGACUAUGGAGUUUCAACACAGUUUUUCUGAGAUACAAAACCGUCUCACGCAGCUUGAGGAAAAUGUGGACAAUUAUCGUCUGAACAUGAAUAACAUGCGCUUUGAGCAGGAACAGAUAAAAACAGAACUGGACAGUUACCAGAAACUGAAGGAAGGAACUAGACGGUCAUUCCGUAAACUUGACAGACAAUUUGGUAAAUAUUCCCUCCGACUUGAAAAUCUGGAGAAUGAUAUAAAAAAUGUCUCUUUAAAUGUAUAUAGUAUGUUUGAGAUGCACCAGGAAAAUGUUACGGAUAACCUGAACAAGAUACAAAGUCUGGAGCAGCUUAUAGAAAAUCAAACAAAACCGUUUACCGAAGGAAACUUCCGUCAUAUCAGAUCCAGGUUGAGUAGACUGGACAAAAAUUCAACGUUUCCGGGGUCAACUUUACAAUUAGUGACUAAUGAUGAAGGUUCUGGUGAUGUAGAAACAGACUACAUUCUUACUCCAAUAGAGGAGAGUUCUGAUAGCCUGGAAACAGGAAGUGGUGAGGAGACAUUCAGGGAGAUCCCAAUAGGCAUUCUACCUCAUGGCCAUCCACAAUACCUCAAUACUGAGGAUUUUAUCCUGGAGAUUCAGGAACGUGACGAGGAGAUAUUAGACUUGGAGAAGAUGGUUGAUCAGUUGAAGACCAGUCUUGUAAACGUUGAGACCAAACUGACGUCCAUCCAACUCGGAGACUUCAUGGGGAAUUUACAAGAAUCACUGCUCAACUUCACACAAAAUGUUAUCACUCUUGAGCAAUGGAAGAUGGCCAGUACAGACAUUGUCAACUCGACCCAGUUUAACCAGCGUCAGAUCACCUCUCUUACCAACAUGAUACUCAACAACAGUAACCAUGUGCGAGACGUGGAAUGGAAGGUAGCAGACGUACAGUCGCUAGGUUACCAACAAUUCAACCUGCUGCGAAUGUAUGUGAUUCAGCUCAACAAUUCUGUACAAGACAUGAAGGAAACCAUGUCAAACCUACAGAAAACCCAAAGACAACAACAGGAACAACAACAUCAACAACAACAUCAACAUCAACAACAAGUUAACAGAAAUAGCGAAUUACCAAGGCAACCGAUUGACAAUGCCUUGCAGCCUGAUACAGAACAUUUGGAGACAUUAAAAUCACAGGUUGAAGAUCUUUCUCUUCAGAUAAUUUACAAUGAAAACAGAAUUUCAAAGCUUGAAAUCUCUGCUCUAAAUGAGUCAUUGUUUGAGUGUAAAAAAUACAAUACAGAUAGAGAUCAAGAUGCCAAGAUAUCACAACUCAAACAGGAAGUAUCCAAACUUAUAGAGACAGAAGUCAUGGUCAAAGAGAUGCUUAAGAGGCUUGACCGUGGUCUGUUCCGUGUCCACCUGACCAACACCAACCAAUCGGAUGUCAUUAGAGACAUGGUCAGGGAGAUUGAAUAUCUCAACAGCAAUGUAACUGUUAUAGACGAGCUGAAACAGGAAGUGGACCAUGUCAGGUUCAUGUUACCUCAAGACUGUGAGGACUAUUACAAGCGUGGCUAUCACCUGUCAGGGCUCUAUGUUAUCUACCCAGCCAAUGCCUCACGCUCUCUCAAAGUCAGCUGUGAUAUGGAAGAUGGGACGGGUGGCUGGACCCUGAUACAACGACGGUUUGACGGGAGUGAGGAGUUCGCCCGGGGCUGGAAUGAUUACAAAGUAGGCUUUGGAUCCAGUGAUAAUGAAUUUUGGCUAGGAAAUGACCUCAUUCACUCACUUACCUAUAACAAAAACCUAUCUCUGAAAAUUGACAUGGUGGACAUUGAUGACAAAUUCUGGACUGUCACCUAUUCUCACUUUAGUGUUGAUAAUGAGGACAGCAAAUACAAGCUACAUGUGGACGGUUACCAUGGUAAUGCCACCGACUCCCUGGAGUACUCGGACGAGAUGGGGUUCAGUUCCCCUGACCAGGAUAAUGACGGCAGCAGUACCAAUUGUGCUAUGUACUACACUGCUGGUUGGUGGUACAAACACUGCCACUACAGUAACCUCAAUGGGCGUUACCAGCUCGGUAUGGUCUGGUAUAACUACGACAAGGGAGAGUGGAUACAGCUCAAGAGGGCCACCAUGAAAGUCAAAGCCAUGGUCGUGUGAUACUGACAGUGACAUAUCAAAAGUGUGAUAACUAUUCAGACAUUAUGUGUGCUACAAUGAAAAUUAUGUAUGAUAAUCAUUAUAUAUUACAAUAGGCAUCAUCUUGUGUCAAAAUGGGCAUCAGAGUUUGUCAUGGUGAGAAUAACCUUGCAUCAAUACAGACAUCACUGUUUGUCAUAACAGUCAUCACCUUUUGUCACAGGGUUAAGUCAUCACCAUGUCACAGUAUACAUCAUCAUGUGUCACAUUAAACAUCAUUUUGUGUAUCGGUAGACAUCCCAGUUUUUCAGAGUAGUCAUCAUCAUGUGUCACAUUAGAAAUCUUUGUGUGUCAUAGUAAAACAUCCCCAUGUGUCACAGUAGACAUCACCACAUGUCAAAGUAAACAUCACCCAAUGUGUCACAGUAGACAUCACUGUUUGUCACCGAGGACAUCUAUGUGUUUCACCGUAGAUUUCACCAUCACCAUGUGUCACAAUAGACAUUACUAUUACAAUGUGUCACAGCAGACAUCACCCAAUGUGUCACAGUAGACAUCACUAUCACAAUGUGUUACAGCAGAAAUCACCCAAUGUGUCACAAUAGACAUCACCAUCACCAUGUGUCACAGUGGAAAUCACCAGCAUCGUGUGUCACAGUAGACAUCACGAUCACCAUGUUUCACAGUAGACAUCACCAUCACUGUGUGUCACAGUAGACAUCACCAUCACUGUGUGUCACAGUAGAUAUCAACCCAUGUGUCACAGUAGACAUCAUCAUCACUGUGUGUCACAGUAGACAUCACCCAAUGUGUCACAGUAGACAUCAACAUCACUGUGUGUCACAGUAGACAUCACCAUCACUGUGUGUCACAGUAGACAUCACCAUCACUGUGUGUCACAGUAGACAUCACCCAAUGUGUCAUAGUAGACAUCACCAUCACCGUGUGUCACAGUAGACAUCACCAUCACUGUGUGUCACAGUAGACAUCAUCAUCACUGUGUGUCACAGUAGAUAUCACCCCAUGUUUCACAGUAGACAUCACCAUCACCGUGUGUCACAGUAGACAUCACCAUCACUGUGUGUCACAGUAGACAUCACCAUCACUGUGUGUCACAGUAGAUAUCACCAUCACUGUGUGUCACAGUAGAUAUCAACCCAUGUGUCACAGUAGACAUCCCCUAAUGUGUCACAGUAGACAUCAUCAUCACUGUGUGUCACAGUAGACAUCACCAUCACCAUGUGUCACAGUAGAUAUCACCCCAUGUUUCACAGUAGACAUCACCUUCACUGUGUGUCACAGUAGAUAUCAACCAAUGUGUCACAGUAGACAUCACCAUCACAAUGUAUCAUAGUAGACACCACCAUCACAGUGUGUCACAGUAGACAUCACCAUCACUGUGUGUCACAGUAGAUAUCAACCAAUGUGUCACAGUAGACAUCACCAUCACUGUGUGUCACAGUAGAUAUCAACCCAUGUGUCACAGUAGACAUCACCAUCACUGUGUGUCACAGUAGAUAUCAACCAAUGUGUCACAGUAGACAUCAUCAUCACAAUGUGUCACAGUAGAUAUCAUCCCAUGUGUCACAGUAGACAUCACCCAAUGUAUCAUAGUAGAUAUCACCCAUGUGUCACAGUAGACAUCACCCAAUGUGUCACAAUAGACAUCACCAUCACAAUGUAUCAUAGAAGACACCAUCAUUAUCGUGUGUCACAGUAGACAUCACCAUCACAAUGUGUCACAGUAGACAUCAACAUCACUGUGUGUCACAGUAGACAUCACCCAAUGUGUCACAGUAGACAUCACCAUCACAAUGUAUCAUAGUAGACAUCACCAUCACCAUGUGUCACAGUAGACAUCACCAUCACAAUGUAUCAUAGUAGACACCACCAUCAACGUGUGUCACAGUAGACAUCACCAUGUGUCACAGUAGAUAUCACCAUCACUGUGUGUCACAGUAGACAUCACCAUCACUGUGUGUAACAGUAGACACCACCAUCACAAUGUGUCACAGUAGACAUCACCAUCACUGUGUGUCACAGUAGACAUCACCCCAUGUGUCACAGUAGACAUCACCAUCACUGUGUGUCAUAGUAGAUAUCACCAUCACAAUGUAUCAUAGUUGUCAUCACCAUCACAAUGUGUUACAGUAGACAUCACACCAUGUGUCACAGUCGACAUCACCAUCACCGUGUGUCACAGUAGACAUCACCAUCACCGUGUGUCACAGUAGACAUCACCAUCACUGUGUGUCACAGUAGACAUCACCAUCACAAUGUGUCACAGUAGACAUCACCAUCACUGUGUGUCAUAGUAGACACUACCAUCACAGUGUGUCACAGUAGACAUCACCAUCACCAUGUGUCACAGUCGAUAUCACCAUCACUGUGUGUCAUAGUAGACACUACCAUCACAAUGUGUCACAGUAGAUAUCACCAUCACAAUGUAUCAUAGUAGACAUCACCAUCACCGUGUGUCACAGUAGACAUCACACAAUGUGUCACAGUAGACAUCACACAAUGUGUCACAGUUGAAAUCCUGCUAUUAAGCAGUACUUUAAACAUAAUGAAUCCUAGUCUACUUAAUAACAAAAAAAAUAUACUAAAUAGCAGAAGCUAUAUUAUUGUAACUGUGCAAAUACUCAAGUUGUUGCACUUGUCAAUAUGUCAACAACAUUCCGCAGACACGUCUAUGCUUGUUGUUAUUAUGGUAACCAUGGUAGCAGAGAUGCUACCUCAUAACUAUGGUAGUAGUGAUGUGUCCAUGGUAACUAAGAUAGGUGUAAAAUGAACAUCUACAGAACCCAUGACCGUACACAUUGAAGAAAGAAAUAUCUAUUGAGUACUUAUUGAGUUGAAAAAGCUAAAAUAUCAAAUACAUAACCAUGGUAACUUUGGUAUAUUGAGAUGAGAUAAGUAACCAUGGUAACCAUGUUACAUGUAGAUAUGUAACUAUGGUAACUAUGGCACAUAUAGAUGAAAUAUGUAACCAUGGUAAUUAUGGUACAUGUAGAUGAAAUAUGUAACCAUGGUAAUUAUGGUACAUGACAUGUAGAUAAGAUAUGUAACAAUGGUAACUAUGGUGCAUGUAGAUGAAAUAUGUAACCAUGGUAACAUUGGUACAUGUAGAUGAGAUAGGUAACCAUGGUAACUAUGGUACAUAUAGAUGAGAUAGGUAACCAUGGUAGCUAUGGUACAUGUAGUUGACAUAUGUAACCAUGGUAGCUAUGGUACAUGUAGAUGAAAUAUGUAACCAUGGUAACAUUGGUACAUGUAGAUGAAAUAUGUAACAUUGGUACAUGUAGAUGAAAUAUGUAACCAUGGUAACAUUGGUACAUGUAGAUGACACAAGUAACCAUGGUAACUAUGGUACAUGUAGAUGAGAUAAUUAUGUAACCAUGGGAAGGUGAGAUAUGACCAAGAUAAAGCUUUGGUAGGUGAAAUGUAACUAUAUAGUAACUAAGAUAGCUGUGAUGUUACCAUGGUAACUAAGGUAUGAUAGUUGUCAUAAUUGUAUCUAUAUGGUUAGAGGUGAUAGAGUUUUCAUGUUUAGAGUGAAUGAGAAAGAAAUGUUUAUGAAAUAAAUAUUUUGUACACUUAGAAAAUGCUAUAUUGGAUUUGUAAUAAACAUGAACUUUGUCAUAUUGAAUCUUUCAA